AUGGCAGCACGCGGGCUUAUAGAAGAGGAUGAGUAUCAAGAGCAUGAUUUUCAACACUACUACUAUCUAGAAGAUGAUCAACUGAACACGAAAGUGAUUCAGGUCAUACUUGAUCCUGUGGACACCAAUGGUGCUGGCGAUUCUGAUAGGCCUCGCAAUGAGAUAACAAGCGGAGAUUGGAGCGAAUUUCCCUACCAAAUCACUUCGGAUGAAGAGGAUCACGAUUUUGUAUUCCGAUUCAAAUUUAGAACUGAAAACGAGAUAGAUACUGGAGGUUGUGCCCUGCAUGUAUUCCAGCUAUUCGACGACCAUAACCCGAAUGCCGUCUUGGGAUUUUCUGAUGAUAAUGACUUAGUGUUCUGGUCCCCAAGCCGUGAGUUGUUUGAAAAAGUUAUUAUUCCAUACGAAUGGGAACAAUGGCUGGAUAUAGAGAUCCGAUUCUCUUAUGGAUCAGAAUCUUAUUUUGAUAUCAGUGUUAUGGACUUGGAUGGUGACCUCAUAAUGAGUGCAAAAAAUGAUAUCGGAGAGUACCACAUACAAGACUUCCAAAAGGUCAAGUUCGGAUUGUAUCAAAUCGAUGAGAAAGCACCCCCUAUGACAUUUAAGACGCGAUACACGGAUAUGGAACUCAGCACCGAUGAUGGCAUCUACGACAGAUAAAUUAGAGCCUGCUUCAAGAACAUUGGA